GAUGACGUCAACAAAAAUGGCCAUUUAAUGCGUCGAUAGCGGAAACAUGGAAAUGAUGGUAGCUUUUUCUUUACAAUAUGAAAUGAAUUACUGGAGCAGGAUAUUGACUUAAUAGUUAUAGAACUUGUGUAGCAUUUAGUUGAAUUACAUAUGCGCUCAAGAUACAUGUACAUUUUGUUUCGACAAGGCUCCAAAGUGCCUUGUGUGUAAAAAUAACAGACGGCAUAUAAACAGCUAACGUUAGCUGAGCGAAGGAAAGUUAUUUCGCUAACGUACGUUUUUAACUUAUUUAUGAUAAUUCCGUGUUUGGCUAUCGAUAGCUAGCGUCCUUCCCAUUCGUUGUCACUUCGCUCCUUGUUUGCUUGAGUUUUGCCAGCAUGCUAGUCAUAAACCUCUGCCAAAUUAGCGGACCCUGCGACCAAACAUUAAGUCACAACAUGAUCUAAAACUAGGCUCUCAUACCAUAUCACAAAUGCUAGGCUCUUGUUAUUCUCGGCAGAACGAACGUUAACGUAAAUGUCAAGGGGUAGGUUUGUCCCGGACGCCUGACUGUUAAUACUGCUCCUAAAACAACAACACUCCAGGUGAAGCCACUAUAUUCCGUUGAGGUUUAGAUACAUCAGCCACGAUGUCUGUAGAACUCGAUGUAUUCGUUGGGAACACGACUAUAAUGGAUAAGGAGGUCUAUCAGUUGUGGCUGAAUGGAUACACAGUGUAUGAUGCCGUGAGGGUGCGUAUGGAAGGAGGAGUGAUGGAGGAGUAUGAGGCCAAUGCUGAAGUGCUACUGAGUGACACCAUGGAUCAGUUCAGGACCUUCCAGAUGUGCGAGCGCCUCUUGCACAACCCUGCGAAACUGGCCAAUCAGCUCUUAUUCCAGAUUCCACCUGACCGCCAGGCAAUGCUCAUCGAGAGGUACUACGCCUUUGAUGAUGCUUUUGCGAGAGAAGUGCUGGGCAAAAAGCUCUCCAAAGGAACCAAAAAGGACCUGGAUGACAUCAGUGCAAAGACGGGCAUCAUGCUGAAGAGCUGCAGACGACAGUUUGAUAACUUCAAGCGUGUCUUUAAAGUGGUAGAAGAGUUGAAAGGCCCUCUGGUGGAGAACAUACGCCAACACUUCCUGCUCUCGGACCAGCUGGCCAGGGACUAUGCAGCUAUUGUGUUCUUUACGAGUAAUCGAUUUGAGACUGGGAAGAGGAAGCUGCAUUAUAUAACCUUCCAGGACUUUGCUUUCUGUGCCGGCCAGCUGAUCAACAACUGGACUAUAGGAUCUGUGGAUAACAUGGCAGAGGACAUGGAUGUCGACCUUGAUAAAGAGUUCCUGCAGGAUCUGAAAGACCUAAAGAUUUUAAUCACUGAUAAGGAUUUACUGGACCAGCAUAAGAGCCUAGUGUGCACAUCUCUCCGGGGAAAAACAAAAGUCUUCAAUGAGAUGGAAGCCAAUUUCAAAAAUCUCUCUCGAGGGCUCGUCAACAUCGCUGCCAAACUGACAAACACAAAAGAUGUUCGCGAUUUCUUCAUUGACCUUGUGGAGAAGUUUAUAGAGCCGUGCCGAUCUGACAAGUGGACCACCGUGGACAUGGCUCUUUACCUCACGCACUACACCAACUCGGCGCAUUUACUGGACAGCUUCAGGCACCAGGCUGUUUGGAACAGGUACAUGGGAGUCAUCAAAAGUUGCAUCUUAAGAAUGUACCAUGACUGAUUUGGAAAAUUUGGUUGACUUUUUUUUUCUUGGCCUCUGUCAGUCUCUCUUUGCAUGUGCCCAAUGUGUCUCGUGCUCUUUACUGUAAUUCCCCCUCUCUGACCCUGCUUUGCACUCUUCUGCUUCUCCUUGCUUAACCCCCACCUCAUUUUCUCCUCUGUAAUCCCUGUGCACAUGUAUUCCUUGGCCAGCUGUCCGUCUGUUUUUGCCUCUCCAUUCGUUUGUGUUGCUCAGACCCCACCUUGUCUUCCUUUUGUUCAUUGGCACUUUUGUAUGCUUGUAAAUAAACUUGAAAUAUCUCUAAACUUGAAA